CCACUCUCUCUCUCUCCCUUUCCUUCCCUGUCUCACGUUAUUCCCCCUCCUUCAUCUAAAAGCUGUCAUCCUGAGCGGUACUGAGUCGACGGCUCAAUCCCUAAACGCCCGGAUGAGAGCGGCAGGCGACAUUCAGGGCAAUACAGUCGCAUGAGUCGACCGACUGGAAGGCAACCAGUCCAGGGGGGGACGACAGCGAGUGCAGGAAUCUGAAAAUUUUCGACGCAACCCACGAAGAUCGCUGUGGGAAAAAUUCAGACAGAGACAGAGGCGUGGAGGCGAAGAGGAGCGGCGCGUUCCCCCCUCCUCUUGCGGUGUCCUAUUUCGUUGGUGAAAGAACGUGCAGACCGACUGUCUCACACUAAGCUAUGGAAUGCUCUCUGCUCCCACCAUCACUAACCUCCAAUCUUUGGACUGAGCUCCAAACGCUUAGUUAGCGGCUGUGCUUCUCCCCUCAGACUCUUUAUAACCAGGGGACGAAGAGAAGGUGUGGGCUUACCAAGUCCUCCGCUAAAAACGCACAGAGCACUUCAUCUUUUUUUUUCUUCUUCGUCUUUUUUUGUAGAUAUUUUAAGCAGGAUUUUCGUUUCUUUGCAUAUUUUUCUCACCUGAAAUCAUAUCAAGAUGGAUCUGGAGUCGUAUCUGUGGAUGGUGGUUAUUGGCUUCAUCAUUGCCUUCGUCCUGGCAUUUUCAGUCGGAGCUAAUGAUGUGGCCAAUUCAUUUGGCACAGCAGUGGGAUCCGGCGUGGUCACUCUGAAGCAGGCCUGCAUCCUGGCAUCCAUCUUCGAGACGCUGGGUUCAAUGUUGCUCGGGGCCAAAGUGGGAGAGACGAUUCGGAAGGGCAUCAUAGAUGUCAGCCUCUACAAUGACACGGUGCCCGUGCUCAUGGCAGGCGAGGUCAGCGCCAUGGUUGGGUCAGCCGUCUGGCAGCUAAUCGCCUCCUUCCUCAAGCUCCCCAUCUCUGGGACUCACUGCAUCGUUGGCGCCACCAUCGGCUUCUCUAUGGUAGCCAUCGGCACAAAGGGAGUACAGUGGAUGCAGCUUGUCAAGAUUGUGGCGUCUUGGUUCAUCUCCCCCUUGCUCUCUGGACUCAUGUCUGGACUUCUCUUUAUGCUCAUCAGACACUUCAUCCUCAGCAAGGAUGACUCUGUUCCAAACGGAUUGCGAGCAUUGCCCCUCUUCUACGCCUCCACCAUUGGUAUCAACACAUUCUCCAUCAUGUAUACUGGAGCUCCAUUGCUCGGGUUGGAGAUGCUACCGGUGUGGGCCAUCUUUCUCAUCACUUUAGCUGGCUCGCUGGUCUGCGCAGCUCUGGUCUGGAUAUUGGUCUGUCCCUGGAUGAGGAGAAAGAUUGCAAGUCGUUUAAAGAAAGAGCAGGCUCUGUCGAGGAUUUCUGAUGAGAGCCUGGAUAAGAUCCCUGAAGAGGAGGAGGAGAGCCCCGUCUUCAAAGAGUUACCAGGGGCGAAGGGCACAGAUGAGGCUGUGAUGCCGCUCACAGGCGGCAGCAGUGACCGGGGCACCCGCGAAUCCAGCAGCGAGCUCACCAACCUGGCGAAUGGAGGCACUAUCCUGCCAAACGGCAGGGUGUAUGGUCGGACACACUCAAUGACGAACGGCAGCCUCAAAUCCCCCAUCUCUAACGGCAGCUUCAGCUUCGAUGGCCACAUGCGUAGCGAUGGCCAGGUGUACCACACGGUGCACAAAGACUCGGGUCUGUACAAAGACCUGCUUCACAAAAUCCACCUGGGCCGCAUGGAUGACAACGAGCGCUCCAACGCCGGCCCGCCUGACAACAAUUACCGCCUGCUGCGCCGCAACAACAGCUACACCUGCUACACAGCGGCAAUAUGCGGCAUGCCCGUCCAGCCGAUGCGCUCCGAAUCACGCGAGGACAGUGAAAAGCUGGUUGGUGAGGGAGGCGUCAGGAGCAACAGCGUGUCUUACUCCAAAAAGCGGAUACGCUACGACAGCUACUCAUCGUACUGUAACGCCGUGGCCGAGGCUGAGAUCGAGGCCGAGGAGGGCGGAGUGGAGAUGAAGCUUGCCACAGACCUGGAAGGGGUGGAGGAAGAAGGGGCUGCACCUCCAGGGCCGGACGACUUGGAGGAUCAGGAGGAGAAGGACAAACCUGAGGUGUUUCUGCUUUUCCACUUCUUGCAGAUCCUCACCGCCUGCUUCGGUUCUUUCGCCCACGGAGGCAACGAUGUCAGUAAUGCCAUUGGGCCUUUGGUGGCACUGUGGAUGAUCUAUGAACAGGGCGGUGUGAUGCAGGAUGCUGCCACUCCUAUCUGGCUGCUGUUUUACGGUGGUAUAGGCAUCUGUGCCGGCCUGUGGGUAUGGGGCCGCCGCGUCAUCCAGACCAUGGGGAAGGACCUCACUCCCAUUACCCCCUCAAGCGGAUUUUGCAUUGAAGUAAUGAGUGCGCUAACAGUGCUUGUUGCAUCAAAUGUGGGCAUCCCAAUAAGCUCCACCCACUGCAAGGUGGGCUCAGUUGUGGCUGUGGGUUGGAUCCGCUCCCAGAAAGCAGUGGACUGGCGCCUCUUCAGGAACAUCUUCCUGGCGUGGUUUGUCACGGUGCCUGUGGCCGGCCUGUUCAGCGCCGCCGUCAUGGCCCUGUUUGUCUACGGCAUCCUGCCCUACGUCUGAGGGCGCAACGCCGGGAGGGAGAGCAGAGGAGGAAAAAGAGAGUCGGGGAGAGAGAGCGAGAGGGGGAAACUUGGGUAGAUGUCAUAUCUCGAAUGUGUGGGUUGCUGAUAGAAGAGAAGGAAGAGAGUCGAUGCACAAGGGUGACGAGGAAGAAGGGAGGAUGGUUUACAGGUGGACUUGGUUGUACUGUAGAUGUGAGGAGGGUUGGUUCACAUGCUGCCUGGCUCCGUAGUCCAGAGAUCUUUUUGACUCAUUUGAGUUCCCAAUCGGUUUUUAUUUAUUCUCUUUCUUUUUGGUGGGAUUGAUUAAAAAACAAAAGUGUAACUAGUGUACCAUUCAAUCUGCUGUACAUAAGACAAUAACAGGGGACUUACUGGUAACUUCUAACUAAACACGUGACAGUCUCCUUAAAAAACAAAACCACGUAAAUAUAAAAAAUACAGAAAUAAAAAUGAUCAAAAAGCAGUUUAUUCUGCUAACAUAAGCCAGCAGACUCGCCUGCAGUAAAUCCAUAUCCUUCUGCCUGAAAUUCUAGGCAGCACAAUCGGUCAAGUGCUUACUUUUUAUUAUCGUUAUCAUUGUUCCAAAAUGCCAGGGGUGAAAAAAAACGACAAAAAAACAAAACAAAACUGUACAUAUUGUGAUAUUGGGUCGAGUGUGAUUCGUUGUAUUGCGGCUUGCUUUCAAACAAAAGAAAAGAUGUGCGCGUGGUCAACCAAACCCAUCCGUCAUCUCACUUUCAACAUGCUAGCCAGGUACAACUGGGGCCAAACGGAACGGACGCCUCAGAGAGGAGCGGUGAGACUGUCACUCUGCUUUUGUUUUUUUAUUAUUAUUAUUAUUAUUUUUCACAUGAUACCAUAGGAACCUAAUUUACUAAAGAGUUGAUUUUUUUGUUUUUGUCAAGAGCUCCUGUAUGUUUUUAGAGAUCUCAUAUUUUUUAAUGAUGUAUUAUACUGUAAUUUGUACUGUAAAUAAUGUCCUUUAAGAGUUUGGAUGUGGGGGUCUGGGAUGGGGGAUUGGGGAUGCGUGCGUGCGUGUGAGUGUGAAUGGUUUCAGAAAAGUGGGUGGGCGGGGGAGGGGGGCCUCUUCACCUCAUAAUGAUGUCAGAAUUCACGGUUAGUUUCAACCCCCGCGGCUCAUGGGAAACUCCCACCGAUGAACACUUGGCAGGUUUUUCUGAUGUUGGCAGAAGAAUAUUGAUUAGAACAAAGUGUUUUGCUUUACCAAACCCAUCCACAGCAGAGGAAGUGAGAGUUGCCGUUGCAUUCACUGUUUUAUUGCCUGGGUGAAUUGAACAGUAUUGACAGAAGGUUCUUUUGUUAACGGCUCCCUCCUCGAGGAGAUACGCAGAUAGCGAGGGACAGUGAGGUUGCUCUUUAGAGAGCAGAACCAUGCCAAAGUAAGUUGUUGUCACCAUGUCUGUAUGCCAGAUAAAUGAGGUACAGCAGAUGCCAAAACUGAUCAGAUGUACGAAAAAUAAAGCACUGAUUAAGUUUAGUAAAAAAUGUUUGCAUAUCAUCAUCCAUAUGCCUUUGACUUUGGAUAAAGCAGGAGUCACUUCCUUAUAUCAAAGGCUCCCUGCCCACUGAUGAACCUUUACAUUUUUUCAUAUUCAGAUCAUCUCAGGUGCGAGCACCGCGGUCACCCGAGAUUAUCCGAGUCCAGGUUUCAAAUCUAACAGAGUGAGACAUGCAAAAAGCUAAGGCCUUGUGAUCUGUCAUAUCGAAUACUUAAAUUGUAAAGCGUUAUGCAAACGUCGAAAGGAAGAGGACUCAAUCCAAGCCACACGAGUAGCUCCUCAAAAUGGGCAGGUGUUGUUUGGAGCAGAGAAGCAUUUAGUCUCUCAAUCACAUCUGAUUCAGUCUAAGCGCCAUGUCAUGAGGUGUGUGAAUCACAGCCCGGUGAGGGUUUCAAGGCUGCUCAUGCCACAAAAAUAUCACAAGACUUUUGUCUUGGGACUUAAGGUUGUAUUCGGAGGUAGAACUGAUCAUCACCAGCUUUUUAAAACGGUCACCUGACCUGUAGAUGAACAAAGUCUUUUUUUUUUUUCUUUUAAUUUGAACAAACUCGAUGCCAGGUGUCGCAAGUUGUUUUUGUUCUUGUGGUGUGUUUCCUCAUCUCUUGGUUUGUUUGUUUG